AAGCAUUAUUUAUUGUGAAGAUAUGUCAUCGUCGACUUCCCGACUCUUCCCAGCAAAGGGGACAUGACAAAAUGAUGCCAUCCAUCCUUGACUGAGGACCCCAUUACUGUCUGCCGGAAAAAGUUGAAAUCAACUAAUAAGAUAUGUGUGGUUCCGUGCCUCUUGAGUAUAUCCCAUCUCUCAAAUAACUACAGGAAUUGACGGCUAACGGAGACAGCAAAACACCACUCCUCUACAAAGAUUAAAGACCGUCACUGUUAGCUGUCACUUGUCAGUGCUGGAGGCUGGAGCCUAGUUUUGAAUAUGAACUCAAUAAAUUGUUCAACUGAAUCUGUUAUGAGGUUAAUGCAUGGCGGCCAUUAAAUGAGAGACACUCUGGAAGCUAACCAAAUAAUCGAAGAUGGUGGCCUUCUCAUCUCCAAAGGUGGUAAAUUUGCCUUGGGAUUUUUCCAUCCAGGUCAUUCUAGCAGCAGCAACAGAUCAUAUCUUGGAAUCUGGUACCAUAAAGUAAUACCACAAACCGUGGUGUGGGUAGCAAACAGGAACAGUCCCGUCAACAGAACUUCUGGAGUUCUCGCUCUUGAUGGCCAUGGCUGCCUUGUUCUCUACAGUAGCCAUGACCAAAGAAGGGUCCCCUUGUGGUCUGCUAAUGCAACUUCAUCGGUGGAUACCUAUGUGGCUCAGCUGUUGGAUUCAGGGAAUCUGGUCUUGCUCCAAGGUUUGCCAGAACAACGCAGAAUGGUGUGGCAAAGCUUUGAUUAUCCCACAGAUACCGCACUCCCGGGAAUGAGCAUUGGUUUGAAUCUGAGAACCGGUUUUGAUCGGCACUUGACAUCAUGGAGAUCACCCGAUGACCCGGGAAUUGGCAACUACUCUUUCCAGGUCCACCCAAACGGCUCCCCACAGUUCUUCCUUUACCAGAAGCCAAAUGGGAACCACUAUUGGCGCAGCGGGUCAUGGCCGUGGGCGCACUUCCCUGAUCUAUACAACUACACUUUUGUCAACGGAGAAGAUGAAGUUUACUUCUCUUUCACGGUUGGCGACGAAAAUCUUCUGUUAAGAAUAGUGGUUGAUGAUACAGGAACCAUGAAGCGAUUGAGGUGGCACGAGAAUGACGAGAGAUGGAAGGAGUACUGGUCGGCGCCCAAGUCCAGAUGUGAUUACUAUGGACAGUGUGGUGUUAACAGCUUAUGUGAUCCGAAUAAUGUCAAUAGCUUUGAGUGCACUUGUUUACCUGGUUAUGAACCGAGGUCGCCAGGUAGCUGGCGGCUUAGGGAUGGAUCAGCAGGAUGUGUCAGGAAGCAGUUAAAACCUUCCACAUUCUGUGAACGUGGAGAAGGGUUCUUGAGAUUGGAUAAUAUAAAGAUUCCCGACACUUCAGCUGCUGUUUGGGUUAGCAGGAGCAUGACUCAAGUUGCAUGUGAAGAGGCCUGCAGAAGUAAUUGUUCAUGUUCUGCUUAUUCAAGGAGGUAUCUUGAAGGGAAAGAUAAGGGGUGCUUGGCGUGGUAUGGGGAAUUAAAUGACACUGUUAUAUUUCUUGACAGUGGUGAUGAUCUAUUCGUGAGAGUUGAUUCACAUGAAUUGGCUGAGAAUCUAAGGAAAUUAUCUGGUGAUGAUGCUGUGGUGAAGGUUAAGCUGGCAAUUGUUGUGCCAUCUGUUGCUUCAGUUUUGUUUGCCAUGACGAUAUUUGUCUAUUUCAGGCUUCGGAGCUGGAAACGGGAGAGAGUGAAGAGCAGAUGGAUCAAAAGAGUAUUUGAUUCUGCUGGCGGUUCGAAUUCCUCUACGGGCAGUUUGGCUGCAACGGUACUUGGAGCAAACACCAUUUACCCGGAGCUACCAUUUUUUGAUUUGCGUGACAUUGUGACCGCCACUCAGAAUUUCUCUCCGGCUAACAAAGUUGGUCAAGGUGGUUUUGGGGAAGUUUACAAGGGUCAGCUAACAAAUGGAGAAGAGGUGGCAGUAAAAAGACUAUCUAGAAGUUCAGGUCAAGGAAUUGAAGAGCUGAAAAACGAAGUGGUGUUGAUUGCCAGGCUGCAACACAGGAAUCUUGUGAAGCUUCUUGGGUGCUGCAUUGAGGAUGAAGAACAGUUGCUUGUUUAUGAGUACUUGCCAAACAAAAGCUUGGACUCGUUCCUCUUUGAUGAAAGGAGGAGCCAUUUAUUAGAGUGGAGGAUCAGAUUCAACAUCCUCGUGGGGAUUGCUCGUGGGAUAUUGUACCUUCACCAGGACUCGAGGUUCAGAAUAAUACAUCGGGAUCUGAAAAGCAGCAAUGUACUCUUGGAUGCAGAGAUGAAUCCAAAAAUUUCAGACUUCGGCUUGGCUAAGAUAUUUGACAGCGAUCACACCCAAAACAAGACAAGCAGAGUUGUUGGAACAUAUGGCUACAUGUCUCCAGAAUACGCAGUGUUCGGAAAGUUUUCAGUGAAAUCCGAUGUGUUCAGCUUCGGUGCCAUACUACUGGAGGUGGUAAGCGGCAAGAGGAUCAAUUGCUUUCUCCACGAGGCAGCUCCACGGACAUUGAUCGGACAUGUAUGGAACUUAUGGAGGGAGAAGAGGGUGUUGGAGAUCAUGGAUCCUUCAUUGAAGGAAUGCUAUGUUGCCGAGGAAGCUCUGCGGUGCAUCCAGUUGGGGCUGUUGUGCGUUCAGGAAGAUGCAAUGGACAGACCAAACAUGUCAGCAGUUGUUCUGAUGCUGAACAGCGAGACACCGAUUCCAUCUCCGAAACAACCGGCUUUCGUUUUCAGGCGACCUGGCGCGGAUGCCAAUUCGGUGAUGGCCGGUGGUGGUGAUCCUUGUUCCAUCAACGAUCUGACUCUAACAGGGGUGGUGUCGCGGUAGAGAGAACUACAAGUCACUUGCAGUUGUGGGGAGACAUAGAAGUAGAGUGUACAUUCCUUCUGUUCUGUCUCAUAUUUCGUAGGAGAAAGAGAGUUGAAGCAAUAGUUUCAUACCAUGAAAAUGCACAUAUGCAUAAUCAAUGCUUGUCCCCCGUAACCUAACCGAUCAAUACUUAGCAUACAUGAAAACUCCUUACAAGAUUUCUCUGAGAGUAAAUGGUUCCUUAUAAUUUCCUACCAAUAUUUCUUUUUCUUUUUUUAGUAAGACGGACAUCAAUAACGUCUUAGACAGCAUUAGAGAUUAAACGUUCUUGGGAUAA